UCUGUAACGACUGUUGUCGGCGUCUUGGCUUAUUAAAAAAAUAUGGCAAGUGGUUUAGCACAGGAGUCCUUAGAGGAAGAGUUGACCUGCGCUGUUUGCCUCGGCAUUUACACGGACCCUGUGGUGCUGGAGUGCAAACACAGCUUCUGUCGAGCCUGUAUCGAGGAGUUCUGGAGUGGGGCUGCCCCAGGUACUUACUCCUGCCCGGAGUGUAGAGCAGAGACCAGCGAGAGGCCUGGUCUGGAGAAGAAUUUCAAGCUGGCGAGUAUAGUGCAGAAAUACCUGGCUCUGCAGAGCUCCCGAGGUGCUGGUGUUCUGUGCAGUUACUGCACCCAAAUUGGACUCCUGGCUGUGAAAAGCUGCCUGAAAUGUGAAGCCUCCAUGUGCCCCAGACACUUGAGACACCACACCCAGAGCGCUGUAUUCAGAAGCCACCUUCUCAUUGAUCCCACUGCAGACGUAUCUCUGUGGAAGUGCUCGGAGCAUCAGGAGCUGCUCAGGAUUUACUGUAAAGACGAUCGAGUCUGUAUCUGCAGCCUCUGUGCUUUGAUAGGAAAACACAAGAAUCACAACUGCGGCAGCAUCAGCGAGGGAGAGAAGGAGCUGAGGGAUUGUUUACAACAUCAGCUGCAGAGUAUCAGGAAUAACGGUGAGGCUGUUCAAUCAGCGCUGAAACAUCUCCACAGAGAGAAGCAGAACAUGCAGAGGAUGAAAAGAGAAACGCAAAUGAAAAUUAGAGGCAAAUACGAGGCGCUGAGGAAAUGCAUUGAGAGUGAAGAGAGAAGGGUUCUUCAGUAUCUGGAGAGUGAAAAGAGACGUGUAACAGACGACAUUGAAACCACAAUCUCCGAGCUGGAAAACAGAAAGAAAGAUCUUGAAAAGGCUUUGGCUGAUCUCAGCGACCUUUUGCAGCAGAAUAAAGAGGUUGUCUUUAUACAGGGGCUAAAUUCAAUGGAAGAGAGAAUCAAGGACGUGUCUGAACCUUUCGUGCCACUGGCUCCUGUCUCGGACGUGAAUAAAUCUGUUCUGGAGAAGCUGGCGGCCUGGGUUCAGGCUAUCCUGACUCCGAGCCAGAGGGAGGGAGGGAGGGAAGAGGUGACCAUUAGCUUUCCCUCAGCGCCACAGAAAUGGCAACAGACUGAUGGACAAACACCGACUCUGGAUCCUGACACAGCCUUUCCCAACCUGGUCCUGUCUGACAGUAACAGGACUGUGUCAGGAUCGAAACGGGAGCAUCCGUAUCCCCACAGUCCCAAGAGAUUCAACUACUGGUGGCAGGUUCUCAGCACUGAGGGCGUGAGCUGCGGCCGCUCUUACUGGGAGGUGGAAGCCGGAGGAGACCGAAGGCGAUGGGACAUUGGGGUGUGUUAUGGGAGCCUGAGCCGCAAGGGUGAGGGAGCAGAGUGUUCACUGGGGCAGAACAAGAAGUCCUGGUGUCUGUACUCGGAGCCAGGUAAGCUCGUAGCCCUGCACAAUAAUAACACCACCAAACUAGCGGCCGAAUCACCCUGCACAGUGGGGGUGUUUGUGGAUUUUGAGGCUGGAAUCAUCUCAUUUUACUGUGUGUCAGGUACCGACCUGACCCUGUUACACACCUUCCAGCAACAAACAUUCACCGAACCCCUCUACCCGGCACUGGGAGUGGCUGAUUUUGCUACAUCUCUGUCCCUGCAAGUGCUUAAGUGAUGUUUAGUGC